AUGAGCGACUCUGAAUUCGAGAUCUCUGAUGACGAGGAUUUCAAGCCGAAGAAGGCUGCCCCGAAGAAAGAUGCAAAGCCGAAAGCUUCCCCAAAAAAGGCUAAAGCUGAUCUCAAUUCCUCGGUGAUGACCGCUGAAGACCGUGCUGUGUUCACCAACAUGGAUACGGCCAAGAAAGGCGAGCUCACCAUUGAGAAGAUCUACCAGAAGAAAUCUCAACUCGAGCACAUUCUUCUUCGUCCGGACACCUACAUUGGUUCCGUCGAAUAUACCGACAAAACGGCAAUGUGGGUCUACGAUUCCGAGUCUGAGAAAUUGGUGCAGAGGGAGAUCAGCUACGUGCCCGGGCUCUACAAGAUCUUUGACGAAAUCCUGGUGAAUGCUGCAGAUAACAAACAACGCGACGCAAAAAUGAACUUGAUUAGGAUCGAUAUUGACAAGGCAAAUAACAAGAUCUCUGUCUACAACAACGGAAAGGGAAUUCCCGUCGCUUUCCAUCGCGAAGAAAAGAUCUACGUACCCGAACUCAUCUUCGGAACUCUUCUAACCUCAUCGAACUAUGAUGAUUCAGAGAAAAAGGUCACUGGUGGCCGUAAUGGUUAUGGUGCCAAGCUCUGCAACAUCUUUUCCACCGAGUUCACCUUGGAGACAAGCAGCAAGGAGUUCGGGAAGGCUUUCCGUCAGACCUGGAUCAACAACAUGACCAAGGACAAGGAGCCAGAGAUUGUUGCCAAGAAGGGCGAUGAUUACACCAAGGUCACCUUCAAACCCGACCUCAAAAAGUUCAAGAUGAAGGAGCUUGACGACGACAUUAUCGGACUCAUGUCGAGACGUGCUUUUGACAUCGCUGGCUCAAGUCGUGGUGUCAAGGUGUACCUGAAUGGAAAGCUUAUCCCGGUAUCGGGCUUCAAACAGUACGUCGAGCAGUACACCAAGGAUUUAACCGAAUCCAACGGCGAUCCGAUCAAAGUCUGUUACGAAGAAGUGAAUCCUCGCUGGGAGAUUGCACUUUGCGUCAGUGAGAAAGGCUUCCAACAAGUCUCCUUCACUAAUUCUAUCGCCACAACCAAGGGUGGACGCCACGUCGACUAUGUGGCUGAUCAAAUCGUCGCCAAGCUGAUCGAAACGAUUCGCAAAAAAGCCGGCAAAAGUUCCGUCAACGUGAAGCCUUUCCAAGUCAAGAACCACAUGUGGGUGUUCGUCAACUCGCUCAUCGAGAAUCCGACGUUCGACUCGCAAACCAAAGAAACUAUGACUCUUCAAAGCAAAAGCUUCGGCAGCAAGUGCGAAAUGAGCGAAAAGUUUGUGAAGCAGGCUAUGAACUGUGGGAUUGUGGACGCCGUUCUAUCUUGGGUGCGCUUCAAGCAGAUGGAGAAUCUGGAUAAGAAGUGCUCUGGCAAGAAGACUAACAAGAUCAAGGGCAUUCCCAAGCUCGAAGACGCCAACGAUGCCGGCACCAAGAAUUCGAUGCACUGUACGCUGAUUCUCACCGAGGGAGAUUCAGCCAAGACGUUGGCUGUUUCCGGCCUUGGUGUGGUUGGUCGUGACCGAUAUGGAGUCUUCCCGCUGCGCGGAAAAUUGCUGAACGUUCGUGAAGGCAAUAACAAACAGGUCGCCGAAAAUGUGGAGAUCAACAACUUGAUCAAAAUCCUGGGUCUUCAAUACAAGAAAAAGUACGACACCGAUGAUGACAUGAAGUCGCUGCGUUACGGCAAAGUGAUGGUGAUGGCUGAUCAGGAUCAAGACGGGUCGCACAUCAAAGGGCUGGUCAUCAACUUCAUCCACACCAACUGGCCAUCGCUGAUUCGACGCAAUUUUGUUGAAGAAUUCAUCACGCCGAUUGUUAAGGCAACAAAAGGCAAGGAGGAGAUUUCGUUCUUCUCAAUGCCGGAGUAUAGCGAGUGGCGCAACAAUACGGAUAACUGGAAAACCUGGCGGAUCAAGUACUACAAGGGAUUGGGUACUUCGACUUCCAAGGAAGCGAAGGAAUACUUCUCUGACAUGAUUCGCCAUCGCAUCCGUUUCAAGUAUGGUGGUGUUGACGACGAUGUCGCUGUAGAGAUGGCGUUCAGUAAGAAGAAGAUCGAAGAGCGUAAGGAUUGGCUGACCAAAUGGAUGGAAGAGAAGAAGGAGCGUCGUGCUCGGGGUUUGGAAGAGGAUUACCUCUACGGAAAGGACACGCGGUCGGUGACCUUCGCCGACUUCAUCAACAAAGAGCUGGUGCUGUUCUCCAACACUGACAAUGAGCGUUCGAUUCCCUGCCUCGUUGAUGGGUUCAAGCCUGGACAGCGAAAGGUGAUUUUCGCCUGCUUCAAACGUGCCGAUAAACGCGAAGUGAAAGUGGCUCAGCUGGCUGGAGCCGUUGGUGAGCUGACCGCCUACCAUCACGGUGAAGCCUCAUUGAUGAGCACGAUUGUCAAUCUGGCUCAGGAUUAUGUUGGCUCUAACAACAUCAACUUGUUGCUGCCCAUCGGUCAGUUUGGUACACGGUUGCAAGGUGGAAAGGACAGUGCCAGUCCUCGUUAUAUUUUCACAAUGCUGAACCCGGUUUCGCGUCACCUCUUCCCGACAAAUGACGACCAUGUGCUCCGCUUCCUGUUUGAAGACAACCAGAAGAUUGAACCUGAAUGGUAUUGCCCGAUCAUCCCCAUGGUGCUCGUGAACGGGGCAAGCGGUAUUGGAACUGGUUGGGCGAGCAAUAUUCCCAACUACAAUCCUCGAGACAUUGUCGACGCCAUCAAGAGACUUAUUCGGGGCGAUAACUUGAAGCAGCUGAAACCUUGGUUCAAAAACUUCCGGGGAACCAUUGAAGAACUCGAUCCAACGCGUUUCGUCGUGUCGGGUGAAGUUGCUGUACUCAACGAUGAGCAAUUCGAAAUCACCGAACUGCCUGUCCGCACCUGGACACAAACGUACAAGGAAAACGUGUUGGAAGGAAUGACAGAAUCUGACAAGACCCCUGCCCUGAUUAACGACUUCAAGGAAUAUCACACGGAUCAGACGGUCCGCUUUGUGGUCAAGGUGGGUGCCGACCGACUUCGAGCUAUGGAGCGAGACGGGCUUCACAAAGUCAUGAAGUUGCAAACGGUCAUCAACACGAGCUCAAUGGUGCUCUUCGAUGCUGCCGGUUGCUUGAGGCGUUUCAAUACGGCUGAAGACAUCUGCCGCGAGUUCUUCGACACCCGCAAGGAGAAGUAUAUUGAGAGAAAGGCUUUCAUGGAAGGCAUGCUGAAGGCACAAAGCGACAGGCUGUCUAAUCAAGCGCGCUUCAUCUUAGCGAAGAUCAAGGGGGACAUCUUGAUGGAGAACAAGAAGAAGGCAAACAUUGUCGAGCAGCUCAUCAAGAAGGGUUUCGAUCCCGAUCCGGUUAAGAAAUGGAAGGAUGUGCAGAAGAAGAAGGAGCUUGAGAUGUGCGGCGAGGUAUCACAAGACGAGGAUGACGAAAAGGAGCAGGAGGACGAUGGCGCCGCUCCGACCGAGGCGAAGAAGGUCGAUCAGAAGCUAUCCGACUACGACUAUCUGGUCGGAAUGGCUUUGAUCAAGCUCUCCGAAGAAGAAAAGGACAAACUGCUGAAGGAGUCUCAAGCCAAGCUCGAUGAGCUUGAGGAACUACGUUCGAAGUCCUGGUCGGAUCUUUGGACUCAUGACUUGGACACCUUCUUGGUGGAGCUGGAUAAACAGGAAGCGAAAGAACGCGCCGAUAUGGAAUCUGCGGUCAAGAACACCUCCAAGAAGUACCUCAAGGAAGAGCCAAAGGGCAAGAAAAAGAAUGCGGCAGUCGUUCCGGACGUCUUCCCGGCGAAGGACGGAUUGCGCGUGGAGCCGUCGAUCGACAAGGCACUGAAGGAGAAGUACGAGAAGAUGAACGAGCCGAAGAAAGAGCGCAAACCUCGUGAGCCCAAGGAGCCAAAGGAGCCGAAAGAACCGAGGGUUAAGAAAGAGCCUGGGGAGAAAGCUGCAAAGAAGCCGAAAAAGGAGACUUGGAACAGCGACGACAGUGACGGCAGCGAGCUUUCAUUUGUCGAUGAUGCUGACAAUUCGGCUUUCAUUGACGACGAUGAUGAUGACGUGUUCGUCCCAACCAAGAAAACGGCUCGCCAACAGAAGCGCCUCUCCGAUCAGUCUAAAGAAAAUGAUGAAAGCAAUGAUGUUGUUGAAGUGGCCCCCGUCAAGAAAGCUGCACCUAAAAAGAAGCCUGUCGUGAGUGACGACGAAGACGAAAAGCCGGCCAAGAAGAAGCCCGCUGCCAAGGCCGAGCCGAAGCCUAAAGCUGCCCCCAAAAAGACGAACGGUGCUUCGAAUGGUGCUAUGAAGAUGACCGACUUCUUCUCGAAGAAGAAGGGCAAGGGAUCGGAUGACGAUGAGGAUGAUUCGAUCAUCAUCGACGACUCACCCGUUGCGCCCAGACAGAAGACCGGUGGGCGCACUGCGGCCGCUGCUGCCAGAAAAUAUUUCGAUGAGGACAGCGAUGAGGAGGAGAUCAUGCCAAAGAAAAAGAAGCGAGUAGUUGAUUCUGAUGAUUCUGAU